AUGGACCUAGAUUCGAUCUCCGGCAUCCCCUAUGGACCCCCAAGUCUGACAAGAAGUACGAAGGAGACCUUAUCCUCGGGAGGCCGAGAUCCAAACGGUCAUUUCCCUAGCCUAGGCUGUGGAGCACAAGCGGGGCUGAACCUUGAGCGGGGCGGAGCUGGAGCCCGCAGGAAGACAAAGCCAGCCAGCGACCCGCCGCAGAGCGGGGACCAACCGUCGCAAGACGUCUCCAGCUGUCAAAACUUGCCCGCAGUGCUUGAGCCCCACCGGCGCAAUCGUGCGCGCAUUGAGCGGCUCGAGACGUCCCAGCUUCCCCCCGCCCCUAGUGGUGAGGAGCCAAUCAGAGGUCGGAUCCGGCGGCUUUCCCGCGACGUCAUUCCUUCGCGCGUGCGCCCUGGAGAGGCGUGGCCCAGGAAUUUGCACGCCGCUGCUAGUCCGCGGCCUGGGUCUCCAAGUCCUGAGCAGCGUGGUGGCGAGAGCCGGCGCGGCGCCUCCUUCGUGCUUCGAUCCCGGCGCUCUCCUUGGGCGCCGCCCGCCGGCGACCUGGCUGCCGGUGCGGUCACUUUCCAGGCGGCAGCCUGGCUGCUCCUGUGGGCGGCCUCGGGGCUUCCCUCGCCCCCGGCCUGGGCGUCCACCCCGUCCCCGACCGACGCAGGCAUAGAGGCCACUUGUUCUGAAAUUACUGUGAGGCAAGAAGUUUUGAAAGAUGGUUUUCAUAGAGACCUUUCAGUAAAAGUGAAGUUUGGAGAAAGCAUUGGUACCUUAGAGACCUGCCAAAUUUUAAUUAAACAGCACAUUCCGAAAGGACUUCUUGUGGAUCCAUAUGAGUUGGCUUCAUUACAAGAAAAAAACAUAACACAGGCAGUGAUGACUUCAAAAGAUUUUAAUAUAGAAGCUCCCAGUUAUUUAUCCAAAGAAUCUGAAGUCCUCAUUUAUGCCAAAGAAGAUUCACAGUGCAUUGAUUGUUUCCAAGCUUUGAUACCAGUGCACUACCGCUACCAUCGGCCUCAUAGUAAGGAUGGAGAAACCUUCGUUGUGGUCAAUAAUCCUGAUUUAUUGAUAUAUUGUGACCAAGAACUUCCAAUUUUGAAAUGCUGGGGUCAGUCAAAAGUAGCACUUCCUUGUGCUUUGAAGAGUAAGGAUAUCUGCCUGUGGAACAAUAUGAAAUAUAAAUCAGUCUAUAAGAACGUGGCUGUACAGGUUCCAGUAGGCCUGACUGUACAUACUUCCUUAGUCUACUCCGUGACUCUGCUUGUUACCAUCCUGUGUUCUUCUUUGAUCCUUAUGGCUGUUUUCAAAUAUGGAGAUUUUUCCCUAUAAAAUGUUUGCACUUGG